CGGCGUUUCUGAACGACUUGGAGAAGGCAUGGGGAGUGAAGAUCAAGGGAAAAGGGGCGGAUUGCAAAGCGUUUAUCAAGAACAUUCGCUGUGACGGCAGAGGCAUGAUUUCCAUGCUAGAUUUCUCUCGCUUAGGUCUGUCCGGCUCCAUCCCAGAAAGCAUUUCCUCGCUCACUUCACUCUCGGAACUAACCUUGAGCGACAAUCUUCUCACCGGGUUCAUUCCUAAUGGGAUUGGAAACAUUCACUCCUUGAAAGACAU